AUGCUGCUGCUGAAGCUUCGGCGAGUGCCAGAGCUCCGCCCACUGAGAGACAGUUCGCGGCAUGCUGCCUUCGCUGUACGCCGCGCUCUCCUUGAGCAUCAUCUAUCGAAUCACUAUCAAUCUACCCGAUCUGACCUAUACGUCAGAACUUCAGAGCGUCGGCUCCAAGGACUUCUACAGACUUCACGCGAAGUUGCACAUGCUGUCGAUAGAUUACUAGUUGACUUACCUGGACAACAUAAUGCGACCGUAUUCCAGUACAGGUACCAUAAGGACCUGGGAACGUUGGCCUACCUUGACAUCUACUCGGACGAGUUGUCAUCGACGAAAGUGAAGCAAAGUCUACAGAAGGGCAUCGACGACGGCUUCAUCGGCCAAUUUCGUGUCUCCAACGAUGGCUUCACUUUCCAUGUUAUCAAAGGUCCCAAUGCAAACUCCAACUGCUUACCGAGGGAAUUUCAAUGUUCUGAUGGAAGCUGCAUCUCUGGAAACCAGAGAUGUGACGGCAAAAAGGACUGUAUUGACGGUUCUGACGAGCGUUCUGAUUACGCCCAUUGUGGUCAUGCUUCCAAGCCGGUGAUUUACCAAACCAAUCGGGUUGUCUACACGCCUUCCGGCGGUGUCGCUCUUCUCUCGGCCAUCAUCGAUCAGAUUCCUGAGGAUCAUCAGGUGUUAUGGUCUCGUGGCGAGAAAGUGCUCGCUGAAGGAUCGCUUACCACUACAGAUGACGGCCGAAUCAGCGCCUAUAGUGCGUCUUCGGAAUACUUUUUAAGGAUCGAAAACGCCACAGCUGCAGAUGAAGGAGAGUACAAGAUUACCAUCAGUGGAAUGGGUGCCGAGGCGACCUUUGAGUCUAAGCCAAGCCAUGUGACUCCGGAAUCCAUCUUGUACAUAUGA